UUAAUGGAAAACCACCAACGCUCUUCCCCCCUCUUCAUCUUCGCCUUUACAUAUGUACUUUCUCUCUUCCUAGCCGUUUCUCAACCCAUCUCAUCUCUCGAUUUCUCUCGACUUCUCUCUCUCUCUCUCUCUCUCUCUCUCCCAAACAUCUUGUGACUGUCAGCUUAAUCUCAUAAUUUCCAGGAGCUUCUCGGUCGAGCUCCAAACGGGCCCCUAGAUCCAGUCUCUCUCCCCAUGGAUUGCCUGGUCUUGCCGGUCUCGAUCCUGAGAAGGUGGUCGGCGGGUUCGAGAUCGGGCUACCGGCCCCUCCUGGAGGAGGCAGAGCCGACGGCGGCGGUGAAGGUGGUGGUGGGGAAGGAGAGGAAGGAGUUCCUGGUGGACCCUUUCGUGUUGGAGGAGAACCCUUUCCGGGUCUUGAUCGAUUCGGCAAGGCAGAGAGAGACGAGGAAAGAGAAGAGGGUGGUUCUGGUGGACGUGGACUCCAUCUUGUUCGAGCACAUGCUGUGGCUGAUGCGCAACGAUUCCACUUCUCUGUUCCAGCUGAAUCUCAAGGACAUCAUUGACUUCUAUGCUCAAGAUUUUUAGAGAGACGAGGAAAAAAAAAACACAGAAGAGGAGAUAAAUAUACAGAUAGGUUAAACACUGAUCGAGAGAUUGUAAAUUUUCUUUUGUUAUAAUGGGUUCUGUGCAAACAAUACAUAAAUUUCGAAUGCAAUAGCAUCGUGUUAUUUUGAAGCUAUAGGAUUUCUCUGGCCCCCUUUCUCUUUGAACUGUUUGUGCUUGAAUUUGACUUCAUGUUCUUCAAUCUAUUUAUUCACCUUUUCCAUCUUUUAAUUGAAUUUUCUUUUGGGUUUUA